GAUGUCGAGCAAGAUUUGUAGGUUAACUUAAUCCCACGAAGACCUUUGUCGACGAUCUCAAAUUCUCUGACCCUACGAUCCAUCGAAUCAUCUUUGCGAGAGAGGAAAGGAAAAAUAUCCGACAAGAGCUGGUCAACUCGAACGACUCGAUCAUGUCGAAAAUAGCAGGUUAUGACACGCACGACGACGGGCCGGGUUUCGUGGGUAUCCGAUUUUGCCAGGAAUGCAAUAAUAUGUUAUACCCGAAAGAGGAUAAAGAGAACAAAGUCCUGAUGUAUGCGUGCAGAAACUGCGAUUUUAAGCAACUGGCUGACAGCAACUGCAUCUAUGUGAACAAGAUCAUGCACGAGAUAGACGAGCUGACGCACAUCGUCGCCGACGUGAUAUCGGAUCCUACAUUGCCGAGAACUGAAGAACAUCCAUGCCCAAAAUGCAAUCACAGGGAGGCUGUAUUUUUCCAGGCGCAAACUAGGAGGGCUGAAGAGGAAAUGAGACUAUAUUAUGUGUGUACAAACCAGCAUUGUUCUCACAGAUGGACAGAAUAACAAAUACAGUCCCUGUGUGUAUUUUUCCUUGUAUAAGCUGUCAAGUCUGAUAUUGUAGGAUUAGUAUAAAAA